CAGAGUUGAAGUUCUUAGCAGAAAAGUCUUUGGGUUGUUUUGGGAAACAGCAUGGUGCUGAUGGUGAUCGGGAAGUACGUUUUGAAGUGCUCAAGAUGGUUGUAUGUCGAUACUUUCUACAAGGCAUAUGUAAGUUUGGAAGUAACUGUAGAUAUGAACACUCAUACCGCGAAUAUGAAAACGAAGGAUCACCAACGAGUAGUUACAGAAGAACGUACGGUGGACAGUAUCAUGAGAGUGCAAACAGAUACAACACCGCCCCUCAGAAUCCAGCUCUCACCAACAUACGGGAUCUAAUGCAAGUUGUUAUAAAUGAGUUGAAUCUAAGUGAGCGGGGUGGGCAAUGGCCGCUAUCAUGUUUUGCUCCUUUUAAGGAGAAGCCAUGUUAUCCAGGUCUGGACGAUUACUCUCCUGAGGAAGUGCGAUGGCAGAUGUACGAGGCUGUGAAGUCAGGUUCUGUUGACGAAUGUAAAAGACGCAUCCAGCAACUCCACGAGUCAUACAAGGUGAAGAAAAAUAAUAUUCUUCAUCCUACUGCUGAAACGUAUGCAGUCGUUGAAAAGCUUUUCAAGGGUGAAAUUACAGCAACAAACUUCGCGCCGUUGCCUGCUGCACCACCUGCAAACUUCUCUUUCAACAUAUCAAAUAGUGGGGAGAGGCGAGCAACACCUAGUCUAUUUGGUGGUGGGGCGGUUGCAGUUAGCGGCGUUAACAAUAACAACACACCAAAUCUUUUUGGCGGAUCUGGAGAAACUGUUCAACAAAGAAGUGUAUUUAACGUGACAGCACAAGGCAUUCCUACAGCUAACGUGUUUGGAAAUAGACAGACACCAGCGCCAACACCCAUGUAUGGUGGCACAGGUGCAGUUACAAACAAUGUGUUCCAUGUUGAAACGGGAAACUUGAAUAAGAGCAACUUUUUUGCGAACAACUCGCAACAGAUGUCAUUUGAUAAGUCAGUUCAACAGCCUGCUGGUUUUACACAGCAAAGUGCCCAAGUAGGAAACGUGUCAGCUGUACAAACUGAUGUUUAUACUAAUAUGAAUGAACUUGUGGAAUCUGAACGAAAUUCAUUUAGUGCACAGACAUUUGCAAUGGGUCAUAUACCCAAAAGGCCGCCACCAAGAGAAUUCUGCGUGUAGCAGCUUAAAUUAUUGACAUGAGCGAUGCUUACCCAUUCUUUUGAAAGCACACAACAAUAAAUGAUAUUGAACUCUUUUGUUCUCUGUAUUAUUCAAAAACCUAAUUUUCGUCCAUUCCAGUAUUUAUGUUGAAAA